AUGUUCUCGCGUUUGUCUCAAGUGGCACGCCAUCUCGCACGACCGUUGCCUAAUCUCGCCCACUCAUCCGCCGCAACAACAGCAUCCUCGCAAAUUGCGACAGUAAAUAGAAUAAUGACAACAGGGCCAACGGCUGCAGAACGCGCCUCUAGGAAAAUUCACACUGCAGCAUGUCUGAUCAUUGGUGAUGAAGUUCUAGGUGGAAAGGCAGGUCGAGACUUUCAAUGGACGUGGCUAAUAACAUUGGGGCAGACGAAUUCACAUUACUUUGCUAAGUGGUGUUUUGGUCUCGGCAUUAACCUGAAGAGGAUCGAAGUCAUUGCGGAUGACGAGACGGAGAUAAUCGAGGCGGUGCGCCGCAUGAGCGAACGUUAUGACUUGAUAGUGACAAGUGGCGGCAUCGGGCCAACACACGACGACAUCACCUACAAGUCAAUAGCCAAGGCUUUCGGCCUCCCGCUGGUGCUCCACAAGGAGGCGUAUGAUCUUAUGAAGAAGCUAUCAAAGCCUCGCCCAAACCAGCCGCCCUUCAACUGGGACCAGGAUUCGCCGGCCUUACGGGCCAAGUUGAGGAUGGUUGAGCUGCCGACAGACGCGAGCCGACCGUUGGAAGAGCAGUUCCUCUUCCCCUGCAACGACCUAUGGGUGCCGGUUGCGGUGGUGAACGGCAAUGUGCAUAUUCUUCCAGGAGUGCCAAAGCUUUUCGAGAAACUACUGGACGGCCUGACACCAUCCAUCUUACCCCGUCUGACCGACCCCGAGGGCAAGGGCAUCGUCCGAGUUAUUAUCUCGACGCCGCUGCCUGAGAGCGAGGUAGCCGAAUACCUUACGGCGCUCGCUGAGAGGGUCGAGCCGAAGGGUGUCAAGGUUGGGAGCUACCCGCGAUGGGGCAAGAAGCGCAACACGGUGACGCUGGUCGGGAGGGAUAAGGCAUACCUGGAGAGUAUCGCACCAGAAGUGGUCCAUUAUGUGCAGGGCCGGCUGGUAACAGUAGAGGGGGAAGAUGAUGAAGCCGACGACUGA